AUUCACCGAUCUCCUACUGAGUGGGCUGUUCCGCUUUGUAGUAAAAGGGGUGUGUGUACGCCUUUCUUCGAAACGCUCUUAUCUUUUUUUUAUUUUGGUUGCAGCAGUAAUGGCGACACGUGCAAGGAAAAGAAAGCUAGAUGCAACGUCAAAACAACCGGAGGAAGACGGGGGGGCGGCGGCAGCAGCAGCAGCAGCAGCAGCAACAAUAAAGAAAGUUGAAAUUCAGAAUGGAAGCGAAUCUGCUGGAGGGGACCGUGUUGUUAUUGAGCAUUGUACUAGCUGACGAGUGUAUGGACGCUCUGCAGCUACCUUGCAAGAAGCUCUACGUGCCGGUUUUCCAGAUCUGCGCGUGGAGUUGAAUAUUGCAAAACCUCGGAGAGGAAGCUUUGAGGUGAUGCUGGAGCGCAAAGAUGGAAAACAGGUGGAGGUAUGGACAGGGCUUAAAAAGGGUCCCCCAAGAAAACUUAAGUUUCCAGAGCCAGAAAUCAUUGUGUCUGCUCUACAAAAAAUUCUUCAGCAGUGAAUACCUGUCAGUUUCUUCAGGAGUUGGCGCUAAUGAAGAGUCAUAAUGAAUGGGUGAAUAAGGCCAGUUAUGUCUCUGACACACAGCCAGCAAUGAAGUACUAAGCGGUAGCAGCUGAGGGGUUCCGAUUCACUUGCUUUUAUGUGUUUAUUCUGUAAUAAAGUUUUGUGGAUAAA